AUUUAGGCCAUUUUAUUCUUUUGCUCCUAUAGAGUGGAGCUAUAUUUAAGAUUAUGUGAUUGCACUUGCUCUACUAUCAAAACCCACAGAGUGAUCUGCCUUCACGCAUUUAGAUGGCGAUCUAGCACUCCGGACAGUUGCAUCAGUUCCUGUGUAUGCGUGUAAAUGGCUGUGCUGCGGCUGCUGCACGCUACUUUUUAUUCCCAGGACGCAGAAUAGUAAUAAAUCCUCCUCUGCUUGGAAAGGCUGUGAUCAUAAUAUAGACGUCACCCUCCUGCUCGAGUUGGAUCAACCAAGCCAAGUGCGCAGUUAUUUGUAAGGUACAACAACAACAACCUCCAGCACCAUGCCCAUGGAUAGAGAUUUCUCAGAGAUCCCCUCGCUGCGCGGAGAUGAUAACUGCGUCAGAGCCAUAGCAAACACAGCCUUGAAUUGCUCCGGAUCUCUCUACUAAAAAAAAAAACGAGAGAGAGAGAGAGAAAACAGAAAGGGACUUGGUCGCGUUGCGGGCUGUUGUCGCAACAAAUAGGACACGAGACGUGGAUUUAAAGUCAUGGAGGAAAGUGCUGCAGCAGCCCCUGGCACCGGUGUUGCCCCAUCACUUCCAAGACCUCAGUCUUCCUCCUUUAUCCCUUCUCGCAGCAUGCUGGAGUGGAGACGGAGGGUCAAGUCUGAGUAUAUGCGCCUUCGCCAGGUCAAACGCCUUAAAAAAGCAGAAGAGGUCAAAACCCUUUUCAUGUCUAACAGGCAAAAGAUUGAGCAACAGACAAAUAUCCUAAACACAGAAUGGUCCAAGCUCCGGAUUCAGUCCAUCCCUCUGUCAACCGCUAAUGGGGGUCUGGCCACGAAAAAGGUGUGUACAGUGGAGUUUGGCUUCCCAGGAUUCAAAACUCAAGCCAUUGCCAUGAGACCACUGUCAACAGUAGCUGGAAUCCCCUUUAUGUACUCCUGGUCCCCUCUGCAGCACAACUUUAUGGUGGAGGAUGAAACGUUCCUCCACAACAUCCCUUACAUGGGCGAUGAAGUGCUGGAGCAAGACGAGGCUUUCCUGGAAGAACUGAUUGACAACUAUGAUGGUGUUCAUGGUGACAGAGAGGGAGGGUUCAUCAGUGAUGAGAUAUUUAAAGAGUUAGUGGACGCCCUGAGCCAGUAUUCUGACCACGAGGAGGAUGAAGAAGAGGAGGCCUCAGCAGGAACUGUUGGGGACAUGACAGGGAAGAAAGAAGAAGAGAGGGUGAUGAGGAGGAGCUCAGUGGAGGGCUCGGAAGAGAACAAAGCUGGAUCUUUGGCGUUUGUCAGGAGGAAGAGGAGAAGCACUACUGAGGUGAAGGACAUGUCCAGCAGCAAGAAGAUCCCCAAUGAUAAGAUAUUUACAGCGAUCGCCUCAAUGUUCCCCUACAAAGGCACCACAGAGGAGCUGAAGGAAAAGUACAAGGACCUCUUGGAGCCGCCAAGUCCAGUGAAGCUACCCCCUCUCUGCACCCCAAACCUAGACGGACCUUUUGCAAAGUCUGUGCAGAGAGAGCAGUCGUUACACUCCUUCCACACACUCUUCUGCAGACGCUGCUUCAAAUACGACUGUUUCCUCCACCCUUUUCAUGCUACACCCAAUGUUUACAAGAGGAAGAAUAAGGAGAUCCGCAUGGAGACUGAGCCAUGCGGUGUAGACUGCUUUCUGUUACAGAAAGGGGCUAAAGAGUUUGUGGAUCAGAAUAUGUUGCGGUCACAGAAGUCUCGGAGGCGACGGAGGCAGCCCCGUCCAACCAGUUCCAGCUGCCCUGGACCAUCUGGCUCUGCUGAAGAACCCAAGGAGGGUGACAGUGACCAUGAAACCACCUCCUCCUCAGAGGGGAAUUCACGGUGCCAGACUCCCACCAAGCUGCGUCCAGGAGAUGAUGACGGGGAGCAGCAGGCGUGCUGUGUCGUCCAGUGGAGUGGAGCAGAGGAGUCACUUUUCCGGGUGCUACACGGCACAUACUUCAACAACUUCUGCUCUAUUGCUCGCCUCAUCGGUACAAAGAACUGCAAGGAGGUCUAUGAGUUUGCAGUGAAAGAGGUUCUGAUCCAUCGUGUUCCUUUGGAAGAUGGAGGCAUCUCCCCUCAAAAGAAGAAAAGGAAGCAUAGGUUGUGGGCAAAGAUUCAACUUAAGAAAGAUAACUCAUCCAAUCAAGUGUACAACUAUCAGCCAUGUGACCACCCCGACCACCCAUGUGACAGCUCCUGCCCGUGUGUAAUGACCCAAAAUUUUUGUGAGAAGUUCUGCCAAUGUGAGCAUGAGUGCCAAAACCGCUUCCCAGGCUGCAGGUGUAAGACUCAGUGCAACACUAAACAAUGUCCCUGCUACCUGGCUGUAAGAGAAUGUGACCCAGAUCUUUGCAUGACAUGCGGUGCCGCAGACCACUGGGACAGUAAAGUAGUCUCCUGCAAGAACUGUAGCAUCCAGAGAGGCCUGAAAAAGCACCUGCUUUUGGCUCCCUCUGAUGUUGCUGGGUGGGGCACGUUCAUCAAAGAGCCUGUUCAGAAGAAUGAAUUCAUCUCUGAAUACUGCGGAGAGCUGAUCUCUCAGGAUGAAGCAGACCGACGUGGAAGGAUUUACGACAAAUACAUGUCUAGCUUCCUUUUCAACUUGAACAACGACUUUGUUGUGGAUGCCACACGAAAGGGGAACAAAAUCCGCUUUGCAAAUCAUUCAGUUAAUCCCAACUGCUAUGCUAAAGUGGUGAUGGUAAAUGGAGACCACCGCAUUGGAAUAUUUGCCAAACGAGCUAUCCUUCAAGGAGAGGAGCUCUUCUUUGAUUACAGAUACAGCCAAGCCGAUGCCCUCAAAUAUGUGGGAAUAGAGAGGGAGGUAGAAUUGUCUUAGCUUCAUCGGCUGCCUACCUUCAGAACUGGUCCUUAACUCCUCAGCCACCUACUAAUGCUUCUUUCCCCGUCUGCAGCAUCACAUUUAGCUGACAAAUUUCUAUCAGCAGUCACCGUCUCUGCCCUCUCUGCUGCACUUCCAAAAAUAGAAAGCCCCUCCCUGCUGUUUGCAGGUGCUCAUGCGCCACAAACACUGUACCACCUCCUUCAGUGACAGCCAUUAGCUCUCCUCCUCAUCUGCUCAGACCCAUCCACCUACCUGUAAAACUGUAUCAACCAAGCUUAAACUAUUUAAAGUGGAAAUACUAUUAAUCCCUAUCACUUACUGUACUGAGAGCAUCUCAAAUUUUUUAUUCCAUCUCGUCAAAGCAAACAAAGCCGAAAUAACCCAUAGCACAGUGUGUAACUCUCAGCAGUUUUGUUACUGUACUUAUUGACUGGCUUUUCUUUGAGAAUUCAGUAUGUAAUGCAAUUUUUUACAGUGUAUGUAAUGAUGGUAAAUGAAAUGCAUGUGACAAACCAUCCAUUAAACAUGUUAGAUGCAACAUUAGCUUUGGACAGAUACUGUUGUUAACGUGCAGUCAUGCAGUAUUGUAGUAUGAGGUUAAGCUGUCGCUGUUUUACAGAGAAACUUGAUCAGGUUGCGCAACUCGAUGCGCUCCCCCUGUGAAUUUUCUCUGCAGCUAGCAACUUCAUCCAUCUUUAUGGUAAAAUAAGUUAUUGUGCAUUUAUAUCACUGUUCUGCAAAAAUAGGCAACCAGACGAGAAACCGACUGACUGAAUGUAACCUGUAGAUGAUGGUGAAGAGAUCUCAUUCUGCUUUUCAUUUUAAACAUUAUCCUAUUAUUGGUACUCAGACUGGCAUGCAUACGUCAAGCAUUUAUCUUUGUGUUUACAACAGCCCGAUACUCUCGCAUUUUGCCAGGAAAGUAAGUCACAGAGUAGAUGUUUCCUUUGCAAAUAAAUAAGUGCCAAAUGAUUCCAGGAAGAAAAGUGCUGAAACAACAGGGCUGUGUUGCGUAACAAAGCUGUGUUAAAGGUAACCAAUGAAGGUUAUAACCAUGGAAAAAACAAAUUUGUUAGUGUUUGACCAAAUAUUAAGGCCCCCCACAUGUGAAUGUAAAUGAUCCUUUUUCAUUUGUUUUUCUUUAUUUUUUUUAUGUCCACACUUGCCGUUUGGUCUGUUCUUCAUUUAUAAAACAUUAAAAGCCCACUUUGAAAUGAGAUCUUUCUCAAUAGAGAUGAACAAAAUGGAGUUUAAUGCUGUGUACAGUGUAUGCCUAUAAAAAUAAAAGUUUAACUUUAUACAUUAAA